GUACAACGGGAUUUGCUUGAUGGCGCAGAAGCUCGUGAACAUCAUAAAGCAGAUGGAUCCGAGGGACCCUUUCAGAAUCGAGAUGACGGACAUGCUCAUCGAUAAGCUGUAUAAUAUGGGUGUAAUUCCAACAAAGAAGAGCUUGGUUAAAUGUGAGAAACUUUCAGUGAGCGCCUUCGCCAGGCGGAGACUUGCAACAAUUAUGGUGAAGCUCAAGUUUGCUGAACACCUUAAAGAGGCCGUCACCUACAUUGAACAGGGCCAUGUGCGUGUAGGCCCAGAGACGGUCACCGAUCCAGCCUUCCUUGUGACCAGGAACAUGGAGGAUUUCAUCACCUGGGUGGAUUCCUCAAAGAUCAAGAAGAAGAUCAUGGAGUAUAAUGGUGCAUUGGAUGAUUAUGAUGCCAUGAUUUAAAGAUAUGUUGUGAUAGUAGAAAUUUUGGGAACAUCAGUGGUUCAGUGUAGCUACUCCUGUAAUAUUUUUUAAACCUGAAUCUGAGGCUAAAAUAUGUCGAGGUAGUUAUCUGUUGCAAAGCUACUUGUGUGAUGAAAGCUAAACUGCUAUAGAAUGCAAAUGCCAUAAUCAGUUCAUACUUGUCCCCUUC